UUUAAUUGUGGUUUUCUGAGGAAGCCUGUGGGAAAGCUACUGGCAAUCCGAACCAACCUUCACCUGCAACAUCUUGCGGGAGGAAAUGUAGAAGCUAAUAAACUGAACUUCAGGAGUAACGAGGAGGACAUAAUCCUCUUUCUGCAUCAGUUUGUUUCCCUUCAACUAAUAUAUUCUUCUUUGCCUUCUUAGGAAAAUAGAAAAAAAGGUAAAAAAGGGAGGCUAGCAAAACACGGCUGCACCGAUGCGACUGUAGCCAAACCUUCCCCCAGCAAUCACACCGCUGCUGUCGCUCGUCUCAUACCGAAGCCGCCGAACACACAGCCUAACCACUCUCUGACGCCCCCGCUCCUGUCCAUGGCAUUCUCUUCUUCGAUCUCUCCUCUGUACUACGUCCCGUCCAAGGCAUUGUCGCAUGAUGCGAAGUCUCAUCCCGAGAAGAUCUGUCUCUCUGGACGCCCUGCCUGCUCUCGUCUGCGAACAGGAUAUGCUUUUCAACUGGGAAAAAAGGAGUUGUCAAAUUGUCGCAUAUUUGCAUCUGUUAGAGAUGCUUCAUUGGUAAAGUCAAUAGAAAAAGUUCAGCUGCCUAAAGGCGACACCUGGUCUAUUCACAAGUUCGGUGGAACAUGUGUAGGAACCUCUGAAAGAAUCCAGAAUGUUGCAGACAUAGUUAUCAAUGAUAACUCAGAAAGGAAAUUGGUUGUUGUAUCUGCAAUGUCAAAGGUGACAGAUAUGAUGUAUAAUCUAAUCCACAAGGCUGAGUCCCGGGAUGAAUCCUAUAUAGCUGCAUUGGAUGCAGUUUUAGAGAAGCACAGAUUAACAGCACUUGAUCUACUUGAAGGGGAUGAUCUUGGUAGCUUCUUAUCUCAGUUACAUCAUGACAUCAAUAAUCUUAAAGCAAUGCUUCGUGCAAUAUACAUAGCUGGUCAUGCAACCGAAUCCUUUUCCGACUUCGUCGUAGGACAUGGAGAGUUAUGGUCUGCUCAAAUGUUGUCAGCACGUGUCAAAAAGAAUGGGUUGGAUUGCAUUUGGAUGGACACGAGGGAUGUCCUUGUUGUAAAUCCUACUGGUUCUAAUCAAGUUGAUCCGGAUUAUGUGGAAUCUGAAAGAAGGCUUGAGAAAUGGUUCUCUCAAAAUCCAUCUAAGAUAAUUAUUGCGACUGGAUUUAUUGCUAGCACACCUGAAAACAUUCCUACAACUCUGAAGAGAGAUGGAAGUGACUUCUCAGCAGCUAUAAUGGGUGCACUAUUCAGGGCUCGUCAAGUCACUAUUUGGACAGAUGUUGAUGGUGUGUAUAGUGCAGAUCCCAGAAAAGUUAGUGAGGCUGUGAUAUUGAGGACACUAUCUUAUCAAGAAGCCUGGGAAAUGUCAUAUUUUGGGGCAAAUGUUUUACAUCCCCGCACCAUUAUUCCUGUGAUGCGAUAUGAUAUUCCGAUUGUUAUAAGAAAUAUUUUCAACCUUGCUGCUCCCGGAACAAUGAUCUGUCGGCCAUCAAUCAACGAGAAUAAAGACGGCCAGAUUUUGGACUCUCCUGUCAAGGGUUUUGCAACAAUAGACAAUCUAGCCCUUGUAAAUGUUGAGGGAACUGGGAUGGCUGGUGUUCCUGGUACUGCUAGUGCCAUUUUUGGUGCUGUCAAAGAUGUUGGAGCUAAUGUUAUUAUGAUAUCCCAGGCCAGUAGUGAGCAUUCUGUGUGCUUUGCUGUGCCUGAGAAGGAAGUAAAAGCUGUUGCUGAGGCCUUAGAGUCCAGAUUUCGUCAUGCUCUGGAUGCUGGGCGACUUUCACAGGUUGCAAUUAUCCCGAGCUGUAGCAUUUUGGCAGCAGUUGGCCAGAAAAUGGCAAGUACGCCUGGAGUUAGUGCUACACUUUUCAAUGCUCUGGCAAAGGCUAAUAUUAAUAUCCGCGCCAUAGCUCAAGGUUGCUCCGAGUACAACAUUACAGUAGUAGUUAAGAGGGAAGACUGUAUUAGGGCCUUAAGAGCUGUCCACUCAAGGUUUUAUCUCUCAAGGACCACAAUAGCCAUGGGCAUUAUUGGACCUGGUUUGAUUGGUGGCACAUUGCUUGAUCAGCUCAAGGAUCAGGCAGCGGUACUUAAGGAAGAAUUUAACAUUGAUUUGCGUGUUAUGGGAAUUACUGGGUCAAGUACAAUGCUUUUAAGUGACACAGGCAUAGACUUGUCUCAAUGGAGGGAAACUCAAAAGGAGAAGGGAGAAGUGGCUGCCUUAGAGAAAUUUGUUCAACACGUGCAUGGGAACCAUUUUAUCCCUAGUACUGUAAUGGUAGAUUGUACUGCAGACUCUAAUAUUGCAAGCCAUUACUAUGAUUGGUUGCGAAAAGGUAUUCAUGUAAUUACCCCAAACAAAAAGGCAAAUUCAGGGCCUCUUGAUCAGUAUUUGAGGUUGAGAACUCUUCAGCGGCAAUCGUACACACACUACUUCUAUGAAGCAACUGUUGGAGCUGGUCUCCCAAUUAUUAGCACUUUACGUGGUCUUCUUGAAACUGGGGAUAAAAUAUUGCGCAUUGAAGGAAUUUUCAGUGGAACGCUGAGCUACAUUUUUAACAACUUCACUCGUGCAUGUACUUUUAGCGAGGUGGUGGCAGAAGCAAAACAGGCAGGCUACACCGAACCAGAUCCAAGGGAUGAUUUAUCUGGAACAGAUGUUGCAAGAAAAGUCAUAAUUCUUGCUCGGGAAUCUGGUCUGAAGUUAGAACUUUCAGAUAUACCUGUUCAAAGCCUUGUUCCUGAACCAUUAAGAGCAUGUGCUUCCGUGGAGGAAUUUAUGAAGCGACUACCACAAUUUGACCCAGAGUUGGCUAGGAGACAGCAGGAUGCUGAUGCUGCAGGGGAAGUCCUGAGAUAUGUGGGGGUGGUGGAUGCCGUUAAUCAGAAGGGACUUGUGGAGUUGCAGAAGUAUAAGAAAGAUCAUCCAUUUGCACAGCUCUCAGGGUCUGAUAACAUCAUUGCUUUCACAACUGCAAGGUACAAGCAGCAGCCUCUGAUAGUUCGUGGACCAGGCGCUGGGGCUCAAGUUACAGCUGGUGGCAUUUUUAGCGACAUAUUGCGGCUAGCCUCUUACCUCGGUGCCCCAUCAUAAGGCCAUCUAUUUUUCUUUGCUUUUAUAUAUGUUCUAGUUGCAAACCUCACAUGGUCUGGCCCUGUUGUAGUGCCACAGCCGUCAUGUAUUUUAGUUUCUUUAUUUGUGCAUGUGUAUCGCCCCUGUUUAGUUUUCUGGGAACCACAUUUUUACCUUCACCUAUGCAUGCACUUGCACACACCCGCAUAUAUAUUGUCACAUUUAUGAACAUUUUUAGAACUCAUCCCAACUCAAAAUUUUGAAUAUUACCAGUUUUAAGGUGAUCUAAAUAACCUCUGAAUAGAAAAUUAUGUUUGAGCU